AUGGAGAGCCAUUUCCCUGUGGUGAUCACUUGCGCACGUCUGCAAGACGGCAAAGAAAUUCCGUGCACGCUUAAAGCAUGGUGUUACAAUCGUGCUGAGCGAGUCGUGGUUUGGGAGCUGCGACGCCUUGUGGACGCUUGCGGCAAAGGCAACAGCAAGGUGCCUUUGCACAAGCUUGUGAACAGUUGGGGCGAGGCCCAGAGUGAAUGGAAAGCUGUUUCUGAAGCUUUGGGUCUAGAGGAGAGAUUGCUCAUUCCGAGCAAAAGAGCACUGGAAUCAAAGGCUAGUGACUGGUGUGGCGGCACGGAUGCAGAUCUCGUGCGAGAGGAGUACUCCAUCAAGACAUUGCAGAUGCUUUUCCUGUUGUUGCAUUGGGUCACCUGCUCCAGAGCAGGUGAUGUGAAGGACUCCUGCGCGUUUUUGCUCAGGCGGUUCCUCGGGGUGGUGCUUCCAACAGCUUCCGUACGGCAACUGCUGGAGCCACUAGCGGACAGCGGCAACCAGCAGUUGUGUCUGCAGAGAGAUGGGCUGAAACCUUGUGCACACGUGCAGCAGUGCUUGUCGCAUUUGGACUCUGGCGUGGCUGCAGACGAAGCGUGGCGAGUUUUUCUACGAGUCUGGACGUCUUGCUACACAUUCUCUGAAGAUUGCCCGGCUCUGAAGCGAUCUGUGCCGGUCAUGUUGCAAUCCGCAGCUACCAAAGUCAACGAAACAGUGCCUGCAGUUGGAAGCCUGGACGUUUUGGAAGCUCAGAACAACGAUCCCUCAAAGCACAAGCGCGGACGUGUCGAUGAGGACGUCCGCAAGGAAGCUCAGAAGCGUGCAGCAGAAGACAACUUGACGACGGGUGUCUUUGCGAAGACCCACAAAAUUGCUCACGACUCCGUGGCAUGGAAGUGGGACCAGGGCGAUGGUGGCAAAUACCUGAAGCAGUGUCAUGCACAGUUUCAACACAUUGCGAGCACUGGGGCAUGUCUGACUCUCACUGCAGAUGCCAAGCGUCUGGGAAAUCCGGCACAAGACUUGGUAGCUGGCAUUGUCACGAGCUCCAUGGAUGCAGUGGCAGCAUGGCUCCCACUCCAGGUGCUGCCAGACUUUUCGUCCAAACCUCUGUCCAGCAGCGUGGAAAGUUCCGAGGAGAAGGAGCUCUACGCUCGCAAGCUCGAACAAUGGCUUGCAGUGGCCUGGCAGGAGCACUCCCAACAACAGAAAGUUCCAGACGACAAAGCUGUGCGGCGUCCGAACCAACACUGGUUGCUGGCCCUUGAGCACGGCCUGCAGGCAGGGACCGGCUUGUCUUUCAAGGACUUUCUGCCUCUCAGACGCCCCAGAAGCUUGAAAGAGCACGAACGAAGGUAUCGUGCCAAAGUCACAGUGGACGGGCAGGUCGUCGAAAGAUGUGCCAUCUACAACGAGCAGACCAAGAAGACCGAGCUGGAGUUUCCAGUUGAUAGGACCGCAGAUGGCAAGCCGCUGUACAAGCCUUCGCUGGUCAUUUGCAUUGACCAGGGGUCGGCCAAUUUUUGGCCUGUUGUUCGCGAGAUGACGGUUUGCAUGAAUGUUCGCAGUGGUCCUUUCGAAAAGGCUGCCUUUUUCGGCCAGAUGCAGGAAAGCAUGGCAGAGCUGCAGAAGUUCAGCGACUUCAACAAUCCUUUUUACCUCCAUUGUUACCCAGGGAUUUGCUUGGAGCGUGGCCUGAGUGGUGAUUUGGAGGUCGGCACAGCAGAACACAUGGAGAAGCUUUUUGCAGCGUUGUGCCGCGAUGGGUCUGUAGAGAGAAAGGGCGAAGCAGUCAAGUGGGCACGGUGGGGGAGCUUUUGGGAUGCAGGCAUGGAUUUCCGAGAAAACUGGCACUGCCGGUUGAUGACGCUUCUGCACUUCGGCUGGCGAGCAGGCUGGUGGUCCAGUGUGAAGGACAGCCCAUUGCUGGAAGCUAAUCCUGAGGAUCUGGCCCUUGCUGGUUUGGUGACACGUGAUGGCGAAGCGUCCGGAGAGAACGCCGGUGGCUCAAGCAGCAAGUCUGUCAAACACUCGAACGAGCAGAUACAGCAUCUCAGGACGAAGUGUCGAAACAGUCUAGAGCUUGCGACCAUCAUCAUGGCCAACAAGACCACAGAGCGCAUGUUCAACAUGGUGCUGGAGGUUGGCAAUCCUGUGAGAAAGUGGUUGGGGCAAUCCAUGGCAAGAAUGCAGACAGGGCCGGAAGGGCCCUUCACCGAGACUCUGGCGUACUCGUGCAAUGAGCCUCAGCAAGUUCUUUCAGAAGUCUGGCACACGCUCCGUGACAGGGAUUCCUUGCGCCGCUGCGGUUUCGAGCCUGAGGAUGAUGACGAUGCAGCUGCCAGAAUGCUGGACGAAGAGGACGAGCUAGCUGCUCGUAUGGUGAUGCUUGCUCAAGAAGUCGCCGGACAGCCGGCGUACAGCAUGGCCGAGUACACAGAUUCGUUGCCUUUUCUUUUCUUGCCGCUCCUGCAUGCAGAUGCAGCGCAGGCGCAGCAGGCCCUCGAAAGGUUGAAAGGCCUUUGGGAGCGGUUGAUGCGUGUUGAGAAACUGGCAGUCGCUGACACUUGGUUUGUUUCCUUGAAAAAGAGCUUGACAUGGGCUGCGUUGCCAACCGUCAGGGCAGUUUUCAUUGCUUUAGAGGAACAUCGAUGGACAGUGCCUGAGUUUUUGCGGAGGCAUUUGCAAGGACUUUUCUCUGGCUUGCUUCACACGAAGACUGUGGAAGAGUGCUUCAAUGAGUUGACUGAUGAUUGUCGAAAGGUCAAGUCUGCGAAAGUAGAGAAGCUUCACAUGUGGCAAACUCUUGUCAGAGGGGAGUUGUUGCGUGACCUUGGCUACCUUUCUCCUCCCUCAAGUCCCGCAAUCGAACAGGAUGCACCGCGGAAGCUCCCUCCGACGUUGUUCAAAGGGACGGAUGCAGCAAAGUUUUCUCUUGGAGGCAAAGGCGGGCUGCAGGAGAUGGCCUGCGAGGACGAUUGGGCGUCGUUGAACCCCAAUGCGCACACCCUUGCUGCAUGGCUCACAAAAGCCAUGGAGUCUCUCGCAGAUCCAGCGGACUUGAAAUCCUGCUGGGUGUCGUUGCUCGCGCAACCUGGCACUGUCUUGUGGCCGACAUCAUCUCCUGCUGAUGGCAUCUUCGUUCUGAAAGCCACAUCUUGGGGUGUAAUUGGCUGGAAAGUCACUGGCGAAAGAGCAGGUGGUCAGGCGAAUUUCAAUUUUUUCUCCUUGAAGCUUGACGGCCAAAACAAUCUGAAGCACGUUCUGGUCACUAAGCCCAACGGAUGGAUAUCAGCCAAAGUCGAUGUUCGCUCGCCCCUGCGUGUGAGAAGCAUGAAGAUGUCACCUCCUGCUCCCAGGGGAAUUCUUCUGCAGCUGGGCACCACGGAGACACUCCUUCAAAGUGCAAGUAAGUCCGGUUUCAAAGGCCUUACAGUUUACCAUUUAGGCAAGCUGUAUACAAGACUGGGUGUGCAGUCGGAGGGGAGGAAGCCUACUCUCCUUGCAGAGUUGCUCAUGGCGCUGAUGAAGCAUGUUUGGCCUCAUGCCUCCGAAGCGGAUCUCCGAGCUUACUGUGCGCAGCGAGACAAGGCCAGCAUCCGUGACUUGAACAGCAUCAUCACCAGUAGCGAACACAAUCUGGAUCUCGCGGCAGAGUUCAUGGAUGACGACGACGCCGAAAAGUGCAAGGAGGAUAAGAAGCAGCAGAGGCAGCGCAAAGCUUCAACGAAGCGGCCCGAUGCAGAUGCCUCAACUUCGCCACCUGUGCCACCAACACCGAAGCAUGCAUCUGCCAAAAGUGGUGCUAGCAAGCCGAGCUCCGUACGGAAAGUGCAACUCGCAAUCGACUGGCAAGCUUUUGAAGCAGCAGAUGUUCGGAAGUGGGCUCCUGAUCUUUCCAAGAUUACGGUGGGCAGGGAGCUCAAACUUGCGAAAAGAUGGAAGGUGAGCUAUCCUCGGCUGUCGGAGGGGCCAAGAUUCUUUUCUAUGGUCUAUCACGACCAGCAAUCGGAGUUGCUGCCCGGCGCACUGAACGUGGAUUGGAGUGCGAUCUUCGAGAUCGCCUCGUGCGGUAACGGCCCGAACUUCGCCGAGCGCCUGCGUCCACUCGCAGAGCGGGCAGAGCUGGUGUGCGUGGAUGCUCCUCACAGUUUGCCACCUGGUUUUGCAUGGUGGCAUCUGCCUCCCGGCGAGCGUUCCUUCACGACCUCCAGCUUCGAAGGAUGGGAUGAGACGGUGAGUUUCAUCCGAGAUACCUGGACUUCCCAAGGCCCUUUCGAUGGUAUCCUUGGCUUCUCACAAGGAGCCAUUCUUGUUGCGGCCCUGGUGGCCCUCGGCGACUUCCGCAAAGGAGGAGCCCUUGCCUCCUGUCGAUGCCUCAUCCUCGCUGGGGCAGCGGUGCCCGGGCCGUUCCGGCGCCAGAUCGCUGAUCUUGCUGGCAGCGGUGACCGUGGGGACUUCCGAGCAUUGCACACCAUUGGCCGGAGCGACACCAUGAACCCUCCCGAAGGGGCUCAUGAGGUUGCGCGCGCCGUGGGUGGCGAAGUUUACGAAUUCGAUGGAGGGCACGAGGUGCCCUUGGACGAGGCUGCGCUGGCCGCCUACAGCAGCCUUCUUUCCAAGAGAACCAAGCACGGCACAGUGCGGCUGAUGCCAAAGCGCACCUUCGGGGGAGCCGACAGACGCACAGAGCGGGCAGUCCGGGACUUGGCUGCCAUCCUCGGAGACAUCAUUCGCAAGGGGCAAUGCCCCGAAAUUGUGGUGGAGUACUCCUGCGGCCACACCCACCCUGCCGAGGUCACUGUAGCACCUUUUCUCGCUGAGAAGCGAGAGCCAAGAGUCGCAGCCAGGGCUCUCCGUGUCGCCUGCCGCGACGAUGCGGUGCCCUUUGGUGAGAGCGGCUCCUUCACCAUCAAGGUGCCUGGUGGGCCGUAUCCUGGCCACGAAGCCGGCAGCGAUGCAGGUCCUGGCAUCCGAACGGCACUUCGUUGCGGGGCAGUGUCAAUGGACUUGACGACGGCCUGCGAGGAGGCGGCCAACCCCAUCCCGGUUGGCAUCGCUGCAGCGCAGUUUGCCACCUGGGUGCAGACGCCCCUCACCGAGGAGACGGAGCAGAGAAUUCAGCUCACUAGCUGUAGAGGCACGUUGACGUGGUGGCAGUUCUUCACCACCGCGGGCAGUAUCGGCCCUUAUCUGGUUGGGACGAUCAUUUGGGUCAUUGGCUGCUUGGUGUAUGCGGCCUACUGCGCUCCGCGCAUUCCCAUGAUCUCGCCCGAGCUCUUCUAUCAGCAGGUGCAGGCACAGAUUGAGACCAUCCCCGUGCCUAAAAACAGCCCGCACUACGGUCACUACAGGAAGUACUACUUGCAGCAGUACCAACAGCAUCUCACCCAGUAUCGGGAGCUCGAGGAGCAGUGGCGCCUCAACAAUGGCCCGAUGUUUCAUUGGGGAAUCCUUCUGCAGGGACUGGGAAUCGGUACCUGGAUCAUCGUCGUAGUGCUCGGCAUCUGUGAAUACCAGUACCAAACAGUCACCAUGUGGAUGGAGAUGUUGGAGGACCGAUGGAAGGCCUGGCGACACAGGUCGGAGGAGGCCGAUGGAGGCAAGAAGAGGAAAGGUGGAGCCAAGGCGGCCAAAGAGAAGAAGAUGCUCGUGAAGGAGGAGCCCUCAGUCAAGGAGAAGGUCCCCGAGAAACUGCAGCCGCCCCCAGAGGUGCCAAGCGCCCCGCGCAAAAAGAAGCGGCAGGCUCCUGGAAAGGGAGAAAAGGAGGAAACGCAAAGCCAACCCGAGGAGCAGGGAAGGGCGGCCACCGCACCGGAAGGCAAAGCCCAGGGCUUCUCCAGCUUCUUCGGAUGGUUUUCCUGGCGAAGAUCUUCCUCGGAGGGGUCGACGGAAGAAGUGAAGCCCAAAGAGGCUGAGGGUGGCUCCGACAUGCCCAAGCCCGGAGAGGUACCACCGACGGCAGAGGAUACCGGAGUCUCCGUCAGCAAGGGCCCCGAGGAAGAGCCGGCUGUAGAGCCCGAGCCCGUGGCCGAGGAGCCUGUGGCCGAGGAGCCGGCAGACUUCGAGGCGGAGGAGGCAGAAGAGGACGAGGAAGCGCCAACCCAAGAGGCUGUGCCGGCAGAGGCUUCGCAGCCCCUGCCAGAGCAAUCCGACGAGAAGGAGGAGGUAGAUGAGGAGGCCCCGAAGGGGUCAGCUGAGGGCAAAGACUCUCAGGAAGCAGCUGCGGAGGACGACGCCAAUGAGAACGAGUGGCAUGUCGUCACCAAGGUGAAGGAGAAAAAAGUUGCUCCUCCGCCGAACCUGCCUCCUCCUCCUCGGGAGCAGCCCUCGGAGCAGCAGGAGCUUCCGAAGGAAGCUCCCAAAGAGGAGGAGGAGAAUUUCCAGGUUCCCAAGAACUUGGAAACACUGUCCACACAGGACCUGGUCGCGAUGCUCCAGCGGGCCAGUUUGCGGAGACAGCUUCUAAGGCGCGGCGUUCCUAUUCGCGAGCAACUCCUGCGGUGGUUUCAAGAGCUGCAGGAGCCGCCCAGAAAACUCCGUGUAGCUUAUGGCCCAUCAGGACAGGCCGCUUCCUCCAGCCAAGCGCCCCCGGCGCAAGCGGCGGUGGAAGUUCCUUCAGCCAUGGCAGGUGAGCCGCAGAAGCCCCCAGAGCCAGCACGGCGAAAGGCAACGCCUGCGCCCUGGUCAAGAUUGGGUAACCGCAAGGAGGAGGCCGAAGAGGAGGCCAACAAGUUCCCCAUGCGGGCGGAAGCUCCCGAGUUUUUCCCAAGCGACAUGACGAUGAUGCCUGCAGGGACGGUUCUGGUGCCAUGCGUGCUACCUCCUGCGCAAGAUGGCACCAUAGCAAUCCCAGCGGAUCACGUCCUUGUGGUGGGCGCCAUGGGUCUUCCUGAAGGUGUUCCUCUUAUCGUGCCGAUGAGCGAAUCCUUCGACUCUUUCCAGGAGAUCAACACCCAGUUCGAAAUGUCGCCGAUCACUUGGCCCCCCAUGGGGCUGGCCGAGAACAUGAACGACGUCUCCAUCGUGGACGCCUCAUCGAUCGGCUUCCUGGAUGUUCCGGCAGAGGAUCACGUUGCGGCCGCCAUCGCCGCCGCCGCGGCCGCCGAAGCCGCCGCUGCCGAGGCUGCCGCCUCGUAG